ACAAACAACGGUUUUGCUUUUCCUCUUUUUUUUUUCUUUCUCUUCUUCUUCCAAUUUUUCUUUCUUUCUCUCUUAUGGUUUUUGGAGUGAAGAAGAAUGCUUCGACGAUUGUUAAAGUAAUCUUAAAGGGUUUCUGAUUUGGGCAUGAAACUAGUACAAUCGCAUGAGUUUCUUCUCUGCCAUGGUGAUUUGAUCUAGGGGUUUUGUUCUGUUUGGUUUGAUUCAGCAAGAAAUUGGUACAAUGGAAUGGUUUCUUCUCUAUUAUGGUUUUUGAGGAUUGAAAUCGAAUGUGUUCAAUUGAUCAGUUCACAACAAGGUUCUGUUUCUGUCUAACCCUUGAAGCGUGUCUCCGCUUCGUCGAGUUCUGUCAGAUUCUAUUUUGGGGACAUUGUCCCAAGCAAAAUUGUAAGCUGUGGGCUUGGUAGUGCAUGCAUAUUGGGAACGGGGUUGCGAUUAGUUGGAUGAUCCUACGGAUUUAUAAGUCUAAAGAGAAAAAGACAGAAAAGAACCAAAAGACAUUGAAAGGGAACUGUUGGCUUUGGUAGUGCAUGCAUGUUGGGAAAAAUUAUAAGAUAAAGUACUAACAUUUUGGUACCCUCGGCUUGGAAAACCAUAAUGGGAAAGAGCCUUAAGACAUUAAGACAAAUGACAUUGGGAGGAAACUGUUGGCUUGGUAGUGCAUGCAUGUUGGAAAAACUAUAAGAUAAAGAGUCAAAUGACUUUGAAUGGGAAUGAGCUAAGACAAAAGACAUACAAGAACCAAAGUGUUCUAACAGUUUGGUACCCUCGGCUUGCAAAAUCCUAAUGGGAAAUAGCCGUAAGACAAAGACAAAGACAUUGGAAGGAAAAUGUUGGCUUGGUAGUGCAUGCAUGGGUUGGAAAAUUAUAAGAUAAAGGGUCAAAUGAUAUCAAAUGGGAAUGAGUUAAGGAAAAAGGCAUGUACAAGAACUAAAGUGUUCUAACAUUUUGGUACCCUCGGCUUGGAAAAUCAUAAUGGGAAAGAACCUUAAGACAAAACACAAAAGACAUUGAAAGGGAAUUGGUGGCUUGGUAGUGCAUGCAUGGUGGGAAAAAUUAUAAGACAAAGAGUCAAAUGACUUUGAAUGGAAAAGAGCUUUAAGACAAAAGACAUACAAGAACCAAAAAGUUCUCAUAGCUUGGUACCCUCGGCUUGCAAAAUCAUACUGGGAAUAAGCCUUAAGACAAAAGACAUAUGACAUUGGAAGAGAACUGCUGGCUUGGUAGUGCAUGCAUGGUGGGAAAAAUUAUAAGACAAAGAGUCAAAUGACUUUGAAUGGGAAAGAGCUUUAGGACAAAGAAUUCUCAUAGUUUGGUACCCUCGGCUUGCAAAAUCAUAAUGGGAAUAAGCCUUAAGACAAAAGACAUAUGACAUUGGAAGAUAAUUGUUGGCUUGGUAGUGCAUGCAUGUUGGGAAAAGUUAUAAGAUUAAGAGUCAAAUGACUUUGAAUGAGAAUGAGCUUUAAGGCAAAAGACAUAAAAGAACCAAAGGUUCUCAAAGAGGGGAUUAGAAGAAUCAUAAGACAAAAGGGAAAAGACUUUGGGGAAUCAUAAAACAAAAGGGAAAAGACUUUGGAUGGGUAGUGCAUGCAAAGUAAAGUAAAGAAGAACAGUUGCGACUUGUUGGAUGGUAGAAACGACCAGCAGAGUAAAGAAGGCUAAAAACGAGACAAAGGAGUUUAAAGACUUUGGAAGGGAAUGAACUUUAAGACAAAGAGGGAAUAUAACCAAAGAGUUCUCAAAUAGGGGCUUAGAAGAAUCAUAAGACAAAAGGGAAAAGACUUUGGAUGGUAGUGCAUGCAAAUUAAAGUAAAGAAGAACAGUUGCGAUUUGUUGGAUGGUAGAAACGACCAGCAGAGUAAAGAAGGCUUAAAACGAGACAAAGGAGUCAAAAGACUUUGGAAGGGAAUGAACUUUAAGACAAAGAGGGAACAGAACCAAAGAGUUCUCAAAGAGGGGCUUAGAAAAAUCAUAAACUUAAAGGUAAAAGACUUUGGAUUGGUAGUGCAUGCAAAGUAAAGUAAAGAAGAUCAGUUGCGAUAUGUUGGAUGCUAAAAACGACCAGCAGGGUAAAGAAGUCUCAAAACCAAACUGUGAAUUCAGCAUAUGACUUAAAAAGUUGUAAGGCAAAGAUAGUUGACAAAGAAUAUGCAACAUGAUUAGACUUGAGACCAAAUAACAUAAACGAACGAGGUAAUUAUAUUACAAUUCACGUUAAAUGAAGACUAACAUAUUCUGUUUUUUUUUUCAUUUCAGGUAUAUGGAUCUGUUAAGACUUUAAGUUGAGUUCAAGUAGCAAACUUCUUUGACAGGUAUGUACUUCAGGAGAUGUUGAUAUUACAACUGUAGCAGAAUUUAUGAUCAGGUUAACAAUGGGAGACAAUCAUAAAGACGACGACAAGAACAUUGUGAUAUGGAAGAUGAAGAAGCUGGUCAAAUCCCUUGAAGUUGCUAGGGGAAACGGAACUAGCAUGAUCUCACUCAUCAUACCUCCCCGUGGUCAGGUCUCUCGUGUUAGCAAGAUGUUGAGUGAUGAAUACGGAACCGCAUCAAACAUCAAGAGCAGAGUUAAUCGCCAAUCUGUUUUGAGCGCUAUAACUUCUGCGCAACAAAGGCUGAAGCUUCACAGCAAGGUCCCUCCCAAUGGUCUCGUGCUCUAUACCGGCACCAUUGUCAACGAAGAAGGCAAGGAGAAGAAGGUUGCUUAUGACUUUGAGCCAUUCAAACCGAUAAACAAUACUCUCUACCUCUGUGACAAUAAGUUUCACACUGAAGCUUUGAGUGAGUUGCUGGAGUGUGAUGAGAAGUAUGGUUUUAUUGUCAUGGAUGGAAACGGCACUCUCUUUGGAACUCUUAGCGGUAACACACGUGAGGUGCUUUAUAAGUUCUCUGUUGAGCUUCCGAAUAAACAUGGAAGAGGAGGACAGUCAGCUCUUCGUUUUGCUCGUCUUCGGACAGAGAAGCGUCGCAAUUACUUGAGGAAAACUGCUGAGCACGCCACACGGCUUUACAUAUGUCCUUCAACAAGUCAGCCUAAUGUGUCUGGUCUUAUAAUCGCGGGUUUAGGAGAUCUCAAGACUGAGUUGACUCACUCAGAUAUGUUAGACCCCAGGCUUAUGGCAAAGAUAAUGAAUGUGGUGGGUGUAUCACAUGGAGGAGAACGUGGUUUCAAUGAUGCUAUUGAGCUGUCAUCUGAAGUCUUGGCCAAUGUGAAGUUCAUUCAAGAGAAGCGUUUGAUAGGGAAGUACUUAACGGAGAUAGAACAGGACACUGGGAAGUAUGUGGUUGGCUUGGAUGAUACGUUGAACGCUUUGGAUUCGGGUGCUGUCGAGACACUUAUUGUAUGGGAGAAUCUUGAUAUCAACAGAUAUGUGAUGAGGAACAGUACUACCGGUGAAACUGUGAUAAGAUUCCUGAAAAAGGAACAAGAAGGCAAGACAGAGAAUUUCAAAGUAGGCAAUACCAAACUGGAUGUGGAGGAGAAUAUGUCUUUACUGGAGUGGCUGGCUAAUGAAUACACGAGUUUUGGUUGUGCACUGGAGUUUGUGACCAACCAAUCAGAAGAAGGGACUAAGUUUUGCAAAGGGUAUGGAGGGAUUGGAGCUAUACUUCGUUACCAGCUUGACAUGAGUGCCUUUGAUCCUGAGGAUGGAGAGGUUAUUGAUGAUAAUGAAGAUGGUUCUGAUUAACCAUUAACCAAAUCCUCACCCUUGCCGGUUCGGGAAGAUGGACCACCAGCUCCAAGCCCGAACCAGCCUGCGCGGGCUCUCGGGGUCACCGCGAAGAAGAAAAUAGUUCGAAAGUAAUCAAAGAAUAAUCUAUAUCCAAAGGUGAAGAAUGAAGAAACAAGUGGAAAUUAAGCUGGUCAUGGCUACAACUCACCUUUGAUAGCGUUCAUGGCGUUUCUACAACAUUGGAGUUUACUUGUUUUUUCUCGUUUCGGUUUUUUUGUCUUCUUAAGAAAGUUACUUUGAGUCAGAGAAGAAACUCUUGGUGAUUUGGGUUUGUACUUAUCUCCAUUGGAUGUUUUUGGUGUUACUUUGUGUUGGUGGUUUUGGUUUGAACGACCAAUACCUUUUCCUUUGCGUCUUUGGUUUGUUUUGCAAGAUUGGUAAACUUAAUAAUUUUUCAAUUAUAAUUGAAAAUUUUCACUC